GAUAUUUUGACAUUUGACUCGACUGACAGUUGACGUUUGUUAAAUAAAAAUUGCACCGCGUUGUCGGUAUAUUUUCUUAGCACUUUUUUUAAAUGCAAUUUAAUUAGAUUAAAACGACUAAAUUGCGAUAAAACGGAUCAAAUAAAGCCUACAAAAAUGAAACCGAUUAUACUGCAAGGACACGAACGUGCGAUCACCCAAAUCAAAUACAACAGAGAAGGAGAUCUUUUGUUCUCAUCGUCGAAGGAUAACAAACCGAACGUGUGGUUUUCGUUGAACGGCGAAAGAUUGGGGACUUUUAACGGUCAUCAGGGGGCCGUUUGGUGCAUCGAUGUCGAUUGGACGUCGACGAGAUUCAUGUCGGGGGCCGGAGACAAUUCGUGUAAAAUAUGGGAUUGCGAAACAGGCAAAGAAUUGUGCACCAUCUCAUCGGCCUCUUCGGUGAGAACCUGUCUGUUCAGUUAUUCAGCCAACAUGGCCGUUUACACGACCGACAAGGCGAUGAAACAGCCCUGCGAAAUGUUCAUCAUCGAUACGAGAAUUGUAGAUGAUAGUUCGAGCGGUCAACAACCGAUUUUCCGGAUACCGAUAUCGGGUCCGAGGAUUUCGUCGAUAUUGUGGGAUAGUUUGGACGAGGGAAUUAUCACCGGACACGAAAACGGCGAAUUGAUCGCUUGGGAUUUAAAAUCUGGCAAACAAAUAAAUCGAGUUAAAGACCACGACGGGCUCGUCAACGACAUGCAAUGGAACAAAAAUCGAACGAUGUUCGUAACGGCUUCGAAAGAUCACACUGCGAAAUUAUUCGACGCAAAAGAUUUGCUUUUACUCAAAACGUACAAGACCGAAAGACCCGUCAAUUCGGCUUCGAUCAGUCCAAUUAUGGAUCACGUCGUGGUAGGCGGUGGACAGGACGCCAUGGACGUCACGACGACGUCGGCUCGAGUAGGAAAAUUCGAUUCCAGAUUCUUUCAUAUGGUGUUUGAAGAGGAAUUCGGCAGAGUAAAAGGUCAUUUCGGUCCGAUUAACAGCGUCGCAUUCCAUCCGGACGGGAAAAGUUACAGUUCUGGUGGAGAAGAUGGUUUCGUUAGAGUGCACACGUUCGAUUCUUCAUAUUUUGAAUAUAACUUUGAUUAUUAAAUAAAUGGAUUAGAUGUUAA